AUGGCUAGAGAUGGAUCAUCGCACCCGCCGCUUUCCGCCGAUUCAGGAUCCUCGCCGGGACGAAAGAAGUCUUUGACCGGCGUUCUCUCCGUCGUUCCUGUUUCCGGUACAACUGUUCCCGCUCCUACGCCGAUCAACCUGGAUUCGUCGGAUACGAUUACGGAUCCCAUAACCGCUGCCGCUCAAGGUAUGCUCAAUCUGAACAUUUUAUCGCCUUUUAGUACGUCGGAAAUUGACUGGGAUUUUAGCGGGAUAGAUAUCGAUUUCGGUGGCUCUUGGUCGGAUGAUGGUCGAUUCUUGUUGGGUGGGGCUGGAGACGGGUCGUAUGAAUUGACCGAUGUUGCUUUGGGUUUAGGCAUAGAGAAUGUAGAACCUAGGGGAGACGCUUCCGCCAUGGGGGAUAACCUGGCAAGUUUUGAAAACGUCCCUAUAGCAAGUGUAAGUUCAGAAGAGGGACUCAGUAUUGAUGAGCAGAAUUCGCCGGAGUUGCCUGACUCGCCCUCCCUCGAGCUUUCGAAGGAUACCUCGGGUGAAGACUACCGCGCGGUGGCGGACGACACGUAUUCCAUACAUUUGCAUGAACAUAUGUGGGGGAAACGGGAAGUACCUGCUCGCGCUUUCGAACGGGGUCCCGACCGAUAUAGCAAACUGACGCCCAUCACCAUUCUUACUCAUCUUAGGAAUCAUCAGCUUCCUACUGACUGGAAAUAUGCUGCUCCGUCUCCUACCUCUCGAGCGGGUACGUGCCCCAAGGGUUGGAUAACUAUAUACACAGAGCAGCUGAAGUGUGGCUUGCGUUUCCCUCUGGACCCCAUCAUCACUCAAUCACUCCUGUGUCUGAACUGUACCCUUGGACGCCUAUCGCCCACUGUCAUCUUCCAUGCCUGUGCAUACAGGCUCGCCUGCCAAACGACUUGGGGUUGA